GCCCCGUCCGAGCGGCGCGCGGGCGCAGACGCCGUGGCUGCUCCGGAGCUCGCGCCAGGGGCCACCAUCGAGGCGGGGGCCGCGCGAGGGCCGGAGCGCAGCGGCGCCACAACCGCCGCACGCGCAAACUUGGGCUCGCGCUUCCCGGCUCGGCGCGGAGCCCGGGGCUCCCGCGGCCCCAACAUGUCGCGAUCCAACCGGCAGAAGGAGUACAAAUGUGGGGACCUGGUGUUCGCGAAGAUGAAGGGAUACCCACACUGGCCGGCCCGGAUUGAUGAGAUGCCUGAGGCUGCUGUGAAAUCAACAGCCAACAAAUACCAAGUCUUUUUUUUUGGAACCCACGAGACGGCAUUCCUGGGCCCCAAAGACCUCUUCCCUUAUGAGGAAUCCAAGGAGAAGUUUGGCAAGCCCAACAAGAGGAAAGGGUUCAGCGAGGGGCUUUGGGAGAUCGAGAACAACCCUACAGUCAAGGCCUCUGGCUACCAGUCCUCCCGGAAAAAGAGCUGUGUGGAAGAGGCUGGGCUGGAGCCUGGAGGCCCCGAGGGCGAUGGCGACAAGAAAGGCGGAGCCGAGGGCAGCAGCGAUGAGGAGGGGAAGCUGGUCAUCGACGAGCCGGCCAAGGAGAAGAACGAGAAGGGGGUGCUGAAGAGGAGAGCAGGGGACAUGCUGGAGGACUCCCCUAAACGUCCCAAGGAGUCAGGAGACCAUGAAGAGGAAGAAAAGGAGGUGGCUACCUUGGAGGGUGAGAGGCCCCUACCCGUAGAGAUGGAGAAGAACAGCACCCCCUCUGAGCCAGACUCUGGCCGGGGACCUCCUCCAGAGGAAGAGGAAGACGAGGAGGAGUCUACCAAGGAAGAGGCCGAAGCCCAGGGUGUCAGAGAUCAUGAGAGCCUGUAGCCACCAAUGUUUCAAGAGGAGCCCCUGCCCCGUUCCUGCUGCUGUCUGGGUGCUACUGGGGAAACUGGCCAUGGCCUGCAAACUGGGAACCCUUUUCCCACCCAACUCACUCUCCUCCUUCACUCAGUUUCUCCUUUUUUAAGCCCACCUCCUGGAGACUGGCUUGAUCUUCACCUCCAGGUCCCUGUACCAUGUGCCCUGGAAUGAGACGGGGCCGUUAUCUCCUUAGAUUUGUCUCCUAAGACUUGCGUUGGGGUCUGGGCUGCUGUUUCCACCUCUUGACACCUUUGCCCUCCUUGCAGGUACUCUAGACCUUUGGGCUGGGCGGGACAGGAGAAGGGUAAUGGAAUAUUAACUUGCGUAUGGGUUCUUGGGUGGCAUCUCCUGAGCUCUUGCUCCUACACCUAUUUUCCCAUCUGCCCAAAUUCAAGAAAGGGGGACACUGGGAAAGAGGCUCCCAUCCAUACAUCCUUGAUGAUUUUGAGAACUUUUUUUUUUUUCUGAACCCUAGGGUUCAGGGAGUUGUAGUUUAACAUCAAGACUUUGGGGUUUCCACAUUGUUGGGGUCAAGGACCUGGAGAGCUGAUAAUCUGAAAGACUGACUCAUCAUUUGUGGUGUCUCUAGAUCUCAGGUCAGAGAUGGGUAACAUGGGGAGACCCUGCUGCCUUCUUCCCUCUUCCCACUGAGCUCAAGGCCAGCCUCUAGUCAGAUAUAUCACCCAGACAGAAAGGAAAAGAUACAUUUUUUAGGGAAUGUUUUUAAUAAAAGAAAAUUACAAAAAGGAAAAAAAAACAACCUAUUAAUCCCAGCCCUUUGUGUGCCCCCCACUACUGACCCGUUUCUGGGGUGCACUGGGAGGCUCCCUUUCUGUUGGAGUUGAUGACUCCUUGGAGCUGGGGCUUUGAUGUUCUUCCAGAGUUGGUCCUCUGGUGUUGGCACACAUCCAGUUUGUAGCCCACUGAAUACCGGGAAAAGUGCUCUCUCCCAGCCUCCUCUGGGUUUCUUAUGCCCCCUUCCUUCUUUUGUUCCUAUCCCUCCCUUGGGCUCUGAAGAAAAAUUGCUGACUGUAGCUUUGGAAGUGUAGCUCUGAGAACCAUAGACAAUUUGAAUUCUAGGAAAAUAAAGCCGUUGAUUACUA